AUGGCGGGUGGAGUCACGACGGCACUUGACUUCGUUACCUUGUGUGCUCUCGUCACCAUGCGUUCUUACAUCGCGCAGUGCCGCAGGGCACGUUCAGUGUGCGAUGCCACACCCGAAGUGCAGGCGCUUUUUCACUGGGGCGAGCUCUUCAUGCUGGCCCUCAUUGCCUCGCGCAUGUAUGCAUUGUACUUCGUCGAUGCCUGGUCUGCAGCUUGCUCUCCCUCCGUCCUCCUUUUGAAGGGUAUCCUUGCGGCAGCAUCCGUUGGUCUCUGCACCGACCUGCGCGCCUUUGUCUUGAGCAGCCCCGCCGGUCCUGUGAACUCCGAAAAGCUGUUGACGGAGUGCAGCCCGGAGGGCACCUCACCGGAGACGGCUGAGCUGGACGUCUGCUGCGAAUCUGGAAAAGACGUGGACUCCAGCUCCGAUGAAACCUCGAGUACCGACAGUGGAGAUGAUGACGGCGAGUUUUCGGAUGACUCCCUGGAUGAGCAAGAUCUCAGCAACGAGGAGCAAGGGGAGCCAGCAGAUGACACAAACGCCAGGCCCGAGAUGCCCAAUGUCAAGGAGAUGCCACCCCCGCGCCCCAUCCAGCUGAUUAACAGCGACAUCCACCUCCGCAUGCUCCGAUCUGGGAUGAAGAUGAGACGGCUUGCCUGUAUCAACGAAGAGGUCUGUACAGACAAGCCGAAGUGGCUUGCGUACUUGGGCAGGCUUGUCGCGCACGAGCUCCUUCCCCGAGUGCCACUUGGGGCCAAGAACCACACUUGGGACAAUGCUUUCGAGGCACUCACGCAGCUGCACGAGUGGCUGCAGAGUGACGAUGCCGAGCCGAUUCGCCAGGCUUACAAGCCAUGCUUGGGUUUCCGAUGCGAGUGUUGCGGAUCUGCUGUGAAGCCAGAGGAGCAAGCAUGCGGUAUUUGCAGUGCUCCAGCUUGA